GCCUAGGACCCAAAGCCAGGCACCCAAGACUCUGCCAUGGCUGAGGACUACGUGUGGUACCAGGGCAUUCCUUUCCCUGUUGUGUAUAUCUGCCCUGAACAUCUAAAAGCAGUCCAUGAGGAGCUGGUGCUGAAGGAUGAAGACAUCAUCAUGGUGACCUACCCCAAAUCAGGAACCCAUUGGUUGAUUGAGGUUCUCUCUCUGAUUCACACCAAGGGGGAUCCCAACUGGAUUCGAUCUGUGCCCACAGGUCUUCGUUCCCCAUGGAUUGAGAAUGAAGUUGGAUUCCAAACAAUAAAAGACAGGAAGGAGGGUCCCCCCCUCAUCACCUCCCACCUCCCCAUCCAACUCUUCCCCAAGUCUUUCUUCACUUCCAAGGCCAAGAUGAUCUAUGUCAUCAGAAAUCCUAAGGAUGUCCUUAUAUCUGCUUAUUAUUUCUGGAGUUUUACAAAUCUGGCUAAGAAACCAGAGUCACUGGAACAAUUUUUUGAAUGGUUCUUGCAAGGAUAUGGUAUCACGGGGGACUGGAAGAACCACUUCACCCCAGCCCAGACCAAAGCCUUCGAGGAAACAUUCCGGGAGAAGAUGGCGGGACUUCCUCCGGAGCUGUUCUCCUGGGACUAAGCCCAGAUU